AGGGCUAGAGCUUCGCCCACGUCUGUGCGGCCGCCACGGUCCAAGUGUUCUUCACUCCUCGACAGCCACACAGCCUGACGGCUGCCUGCGCUGCAUCUCUCUUUCGCCACUUCGUGUCUCGAGUCCAACGGCGAAGGAGACGACGAUGGCGCCGUCUGCCUCCUUGCUCCAGGCUUCCACGGCCUGCGCCCCAGUCUUCUCGCCGCUCCAGUCCCGACGUCAGCCCGCGCCGCCACUGCUCCACCUCCGCGGCUCCCCCCACCUUCGCCGCCGCGGCGUCUCACUCGCCGCUUCCUCGGCCGCGUCGCCGGAAGUCCAGAAGGAGCCCUCGCCCUCGCCGCAGGAGUCCCCUUUGUCGGCUGUUGCGGACAGUGUGAAGUUGCUCAAGGAGGCGGCCAAAACAAAGAAGGUACCUGCACCGGAGGUUCUCUCGGCAUUGUCCAAGAUCAAGAAGGCAAAGCUCGACACAUCGACAUUCUUUGAGACACUCGGUGGGACAGAGUCUCCGGGCAGAACAUGGAUGCUCAUCUUCACUGCUAAGGGUCGGCUGGAGAAAGGGCAGUAUUUCCCAGUGACUGCGGUCCAGCGCUUCGAUGCCGCGGGAAAAAGGAUCGAGAAUGGUGUGUAUUUGGGCCCCAUUGGGUGCUUAACCUUUGAAGGGAGGCUAUCAUGGAAAAAGAAAAUACUUGCAUUCAUCUUCGAGCGGGUUCGCAUAAAGGUCGGACCAUUUGGUCCCCUGGAAAUCGGCCUCGGAAGCGGUGAUGAUGGCAGGGAACCCAGCACAAAGGACCCAUUCUUUGUAUGGUUCUAUGUUGAUGAGGAAAUCGCUGUCGCGCAAGGCAGAGGCGGGGGAGUAGCUUACUGGUGCAGAUGUCAGCGCGUCCCCUGAAGUUUCAGUUCGCUUCAGUCAUUGUUGUAUAAGGUCUGGAAUCUCUCUCUGUAGUUUGUAUAGCUAAUGUUCAUCGGUACAUAUGGGCUUUGUUUGGAAAAGGAAAAAAGAAAAAGAAAAAAGAGGUGCAAAUGAUGAAAUAUUGAAAUGAUACACUUGUGUUUUUGC